AUGGCCGACACAGAAGAGCCUCAGUUCUCUACUUUAGCAGAACGCAUUGCGGCUCUCAACAAGCAAAAGGCCUUUACGGGCAACGGCCUGCCUGCUACUGGCAACGGCCUGCCUGCUACUGGCAACGGUCAGCCUGCUACUGGCAACGGUCAGCCUGCAAGACGACCCCCUCCACCACCACCACCAUCCAAGAAGACAACACAGGCUCCUACGACGCCCGUUCUGCCACCACGACCGGCUCGAAAUGUCCCGCCGUUACCUGUUCGGAGAGAUACUCAGAUAUCUGUGGACAGUCAGGCCACUGAACAACCUGCCAGACCACCUCUUCCGUCCCGUACGCCGUCAGCCCAACAGACGCCGCCAAUGCCUCCUCGUCGCCCAAGCACCCAACAGAAUGGCACCCUCGUAGUCCGCCGUAACUCGGCAUCUUCCGAGCUCUCUAUCAGUUCUGGUAUCUCGUCACUGUCCAUGGGUCGCACAGCGUCGUCAACGACGAGUCACAGCUCCAACGGCACCGCCAAGUACAACCUCCCACCCGUUGUAGAUAUGUCCCAGUUGCCAAAGCUGCCUCCUACGCGACGAGAACGAGAGCUUAAAGCCAAAGAGAAAGCAGAAAGACAGGCGGAGGAAACGAGAAAGUCUCAAGAGGCCCGCCGUGCUCAACCAACUGUACCCGUUCGCCCACCAAUUCCCAAAUCUGCUUCAUCUACUCAAGCACCGACACUGCCAUCUCGACCCGUUCGAAACAAAUCGAACGGCCCGACGCUGCCGGAACGGAGCGACACUGUCACGCCAAACGUCCCGCCAAGACGUCUGCCUCCUCCAGCAACCGCCAAAGCUCGCAUCACAGGCUUUGGUAGCGGCAAGGAAGAUAAGCCACCACCCUUGCCGACGUCGUCAAGAGAAAGCAAACCACCUCCAGUCCCUACUUCGUCCCGCCCUUCGAUUGCGGAUAUUGAUGCGGCGUCAGCAAGAGCUGUAGAGCCAUCCUCAAAUCCCGCUCCGCCGAGUAGUGCAGACGAGUGUCUAAUCUGCCGUGACUUCUCCGUACCCGACGAGGUUGGUAGCCGAUUCCCUCGAGAAUCGCUUCCUCAUACCGAUCCAGCCGGCUACCUGGCGACAAACCUUUGCAGCCAGUUUCUAUCUUACACAGAUAAAGCGAGAGCUAUUUUCGCAUGGUGCCAUCAUAACAUUGCCUACGAUACCUACUCCUUCUUUGGUGGCUGCGUCAAGGCCGUCCCUGUCAAUGAUACUCUGCUUAAUGGUCUUGCUGUCUGCCAGGGCUAUGCUGAAGCAUACCAGGCUAUUGCUGUCAAGGCUGGCCUCGAGUGCGUCGUUAUUAGCGGCUAUGGCAAAGGAUACGGCUACACGGCUUUGAAGCCCGGUGAGAGCAUCCCACCCAUGAAAUCAAACCACGCAUGGAAUGCUGUUCGAAUCGAUGGGGGUAUCUGGAAGGUUAUUGACGCUUGCUGGGGAGCUGGUGCUCUUGGUGGCGAGACUGGUAUGGAGUUUGCAAAGGGAUUCACGCCGCACGAAUUCACUCGAUCUAAUAUUGACAUGGGUGUUACGCAUUUCCCAACAGAUCCCAGCCACCAGUUCCGAGAGGACGGCACCACUACCAGCUGGGAAACAUUUUAUAUUGGCGCGGGUGGUGAAGGGCCUUCUUGCUGCGGGGACUUCACCAAGGCGGGCUUUGAGCCGAACACUGCCGAACCGCGCCUAAAGAAUAUCCCCAUUUACAGUGGUGAGGUUGUUCGCUUCAAGUUUGCUAGAAAAUGUGCACAUUGGAAAACUAGACAGAUGGCAGGAAAAGAAGAGCCCCUUCUCUUCAUGUCCAUUGCUGGCAGAGACGGACGAAAGGCAGCCAUUGUCCCCAUUCAAAAUGACGGCUACUGGUUCUGGGCCGAUAUCAAUGCCAUUGAUCUUGGAGCCCCCGGACAAGGAGUGCAAAUUAUGCAAAUCACCUCAUUUGAUGGCCGAGAGCCAAGGGGCGUCACCCAGAAAGAGGUAUUGGCCCGAUGGGGUAGAGUUGGAUGGAAGGGAAGCUAUCUUGGCAGGUGGGAUCUCGUGCGCGCAUAG